AUGCUGAAAAUAAAUUAUCUAUCUGCAAAAGUUUCAUGUGAUAAAUUUGAGACUUUCUGUGGAAUCCUUGAAAUGAUGAAGUCUCAAGACACACACACACUGCUCCCUCUCCCUUGCUCCCUCUCCCUCUCCCUUGCUCCCUCUCCCUCUCUCUUGCUCCCUCUCCCUCUCUUGCUCCCUCUCCCUCUCUCUUGCUCCCUCUCCCUCUCUCUUGCUCCCUCUCCUGCUCCCUCUCCCUCUCCUGCUCCCUCUCCCUCUCCUGCUCCCUCUCCUGCUCCCUCUCCUGCUCCCUCUCCUGCUCCCUCUCCCUCUCUUGCUCCCUCUCUCUCUUGCUCUCUUUCCCUCUUGCUCUCUUUCCCUCCCUCUUGCUCUCUUUCCCUCCCUCUUGCUCUCUUUCCCUCCCCCUCUUUCCCUCCCCUCUGCUUUCCCUCCCUCUUGCUCUCUUUCCCUCCCUCUUGCUCUCUUUCCCUCCCUCUUGCUCCCCUCUUUCCCUCCUCUUGCUCUCUCUCUCGCUCUCUCUUGCUCUCUUUCCCGCUCUCUUUCCCGCUCUCUUUCCCGCUCUCUUGCUCUCUUUCCCUCCCCUCUCUUUUAUUAGUUUAG